GAAUCUCUACCGAUAAGAGAUCAGGGCACUCCAUUCUAUGUUCUUCAAGCCUCACUUUCCCAUCAUCAAAAGGUCAACCUAAACCAACACAACAACCAGAAACCAACUUUCACAGAUUCUGGGAGCCCAAAAUGAGCCCAUCAAAGACCACUAGGAAGCUGGAGGUGGUUUCACCAGUCCCUGCUGAUAUAGACAUUGCCAAUUCAGUUGAGCCUGUUCACAUCUCUGAGAUUGCCAAAGACCUUAAUCUCAGUCCUGACCACUAUGAUCUCUAUGGAAAAUACAAGGCCAAGGUUUUGUUAUCUGUGAUUGAUGAACUCAAAGGAUCUAGUGAUGGGUAUUAUGUUGUUGUGGGAGGGAUUACUCCUACACCUCUUGGAGAAGGCAAGUCUACCACCACUGUUGGACUGUGUCAAGCUUUGGGUGCUUUUCAAGAUAAGAAGGUUGUCACUUGCCUUCGUCAACCAUCACAAGGACCAACUUUUGGAAUCAAAGGUGGUGCAGCAGGUGGUGGUUACAGUCAAGUGAUCCCAAUGGAUGAGUUUAAUCUGCACUUAACAGGAGAUAUUCAUGCAAUAACAGCUUCAAACAAUCUUCUAGCUGCUGCUAUUGAUACUCGGAUGUUCCAUGAGGCAACCCAAUCAGAUAAGGCUCUAAUGAACCGAUUAUGUCCACCAAACAAAGAAGGAAAAAAGAGCUUUAAUGAUAUCAUGUUCAGACGUCUGAAGAAGCUUGGUAUCUCCAAGACGCAGCCUGAAGACCUUACACCAGAAGAAGUUAAGAAAUUUGCUAGGCUUGAUAUCGAUCCAGAUUCUAUCACCUGGAGAAGAGUAAUGGAUAUAAAUGACCGGCUCUUGAGAAAAAUAACAGUUGGUCAGGGUCCCGAAGAGAAAGGGAUGGUGAGAGAAACAGGAUUUGAUAUUUCAGUUGCCAGUGAAAUAAUGGCAGUUUUAGCCCUUACAACAUCUCUAGCAGAUAUGAGAGAGAGGCUUGGCAAAAUGGUAAUUGGAAACAGCAGGGCUGGUGACCCUGUUACUGCUGACGAUCUGGGUGUCGGAGGUGCAUUAACAGUUCUAAUGAAGGAUGCUAUUAACCCUACAUUAAUGCAGACUCUUGAGGGGACCCCGGUUCUUGUUCAUGCUGGUCCUUUUGCAAAUAUUGCGCAUGGAAAUUCCUCUAUUGUGGCUGAUAAGAUUGCGCUAAAGUUGGUAGGACCAGGUGGCUUUGUAGUCACAGAAGCUGGUUUUGGUGCUGAUAUUGGUACUGAGAAAUUCAUGAAUAUAAAAUGCCGGUAUAGUGGUUUAACACCACAGUGUGCAAUUAUAGUUGCCACCAUAAGGGCCUUGAAAAUGCAUGGUGGUGGCCCUGAUGUUGUUGCUGGGAAGCCUCUUAAUAGUGCUUACACAACUGAGAACGUGGCUCUGGUAGAGGCUGGCUGUGUGAAUUUAGCCAGGCAUAUUACAAAUACAAAAGCCUAUGGUGUGAAUGUUGUUGUUGCCGUGAACAAGUUCUCAACUGACUCUGACGCAGAAUUAAAUGCAGUUAGAAAUGCAGCACUGGCUGCCGGAGCGUACGAUGCUGUUAUAUGUACUCACCAUGCUCAUGGUGGAAAAGGAGCGGUAGAUCUAGGGAUUGCCGUUCAGAAAGCCUGUGAGAAUGUUACACAACCAUUAAAGUUUUUGUAUCCUUUGGACUUCAGUAUUAAAGAAAAGAUAGAGGCAAUAGCCAGAUCAUAUGGUGCAAGCGGUGUUGAAUACUCGGAGCAGGCUGAAAAACAGAUCGUGAUGUACAGCAGGCAAGGGUUUUCUGGUCUGCCAAUAUGCAUGGCAAAGACCCAGUACUCAUUUUCUGAUAAAGCUACUGAGAAAGGAGCGCCAUCCAAUUUUGUCUUACCGAUAAGGGAUGUGAGGGCAAGCAUUGGAGCUGGAUUUAUAUAUCCUUUGGUAGGAACCAUGAGCACAAUGCCAGGACUUCCAACCAGGCCUUGCUUUUAUGAUAUUGAUCUUGACACCACCACUGGAAGGGUUAUUGGUCUUUCUUGAAGGUUUCUGCAAUUAGUUCUCCACAUGCUCGCUGAGUUGGCCUUUCCCAGAACUUAUCAAUACAAUUCCUUUAUUUGCUCCUUUAUUAAUUGUAUCAGUUUUCUGUAUUACUAUAUAAUAAUCUCAGCAAUGGAAACAAGAGGUUAAUUGAUAAUUAGCUUCUUGUGUUUCUGAUAUAGGAUGUAUCAAAAGAGGUGUUGAGUACAAUUUGGUGAUUUCAUUAAAGAUUGGAGACAAUUGGACCCUGCC